GUAACAACACGGUGCCAUAAUGGAAAAAAAAAAAUAAUAAUUAAUAAAUAAAUAAAUAACUGCAUAGGCUGCAUAGUUAAUUGUUAGAUUAUGUACAGUUCAUAUGUGUGUUGAAUUAUGACUCGUCAUUGACAAUAAAUUUUAUUGAAAAUUAAGAAAAGAAAAAAAUAAAUUUAUAUUCAUGCUUAAAUAGAUAAUAUGCCAAUGUUAUUGAGUAUUUUAUCAUUAUAAAAUAAAUUUUUAAAAAUGUCUGAUGAUAAUUUAAAUGAAAAUCCAUUUGUUGGUUUAUUUCCUACACCCAAUGAAGCUGCGUUUUUUUUAUCUGAAGCAACUUCAACGACUAUUAAUACAUCAUUAGUGACUACGACAACAACAACAACAACAACAAUAUUAACAGAUUCACCACCGACAUCAUCAUUAGUACCAUCGGAAACAAUUAAUCAGUCCGUUUCAAACUCGAGUAUUCACCAAGAAAAUAAUUUUAAUUUAAUUGAUUGUUUUGAAAAUAAACAUAAUGAUAAUAUUAAACCUAUUAUUGAUCCUGAUAGUAAAUUAAAUGAUGACGUUUUAAAAGAAAAAAUAACAAAUGAAAUAAUUGAACAAGUUUUUGGUUUGAUUUUAAAUCAUAAAACUCGAUCGAGUUCAACUAAUAAACAGUUGGUGUCGGUAGACAGUGAUGAUAUUGAAAAUGGUAUCUUUGAACGUCUUACAUUACUUGAUAUUCAAGCCAAGUUAGUUCCAAUUAAAAAACAAAUAAUUACUGAUCCUCAUUUUAUUCAACCAGAAGUUAUUUCAUAUCUUUUUGAGUGUUACUGUAGACUUGAAAGAAUACACAAAGACAAUGAUUCAGUUGACAAAAAAUUUUUAGAUGACACUAUAAAUUAUCUUAAAAAAAUAACAUUAAGAUCUGUAGGUACAGCUUUGCAACCCGAUAUUUUUCAAGAUCAAGAGAUUCAUACUCAAUAUAUAAGAUUAUUUAUGGACGAUUCGAUAUUAACUCAAGUUGAAAAAUUUACCCAAGAAUUAUCAGUUAUAAUAAUGAUAGAUUAUCCUGAAGAUUAUCAAAAUAUUUUCACGUCAUCUUUUAAACCAAUAUUGGAAAUAAUCAAUAAUCAAGUUGUUUCAAGUAAUCUUAUAGUAUUUCGUAAUUAUUGGUUUAAUGUUUUACAAACUUUUUCAAAUAUUGAGCCUCUUGCUGAAAUGUUUAUCAGCUACUGUACUCCUAUAACAUUAUCAUUAUCAUCAUCAUCAUCGUCAUUAACAAAUAAUAAUCAAGGUUCUGCUUAUGGAAAUACUUUAUUAGGUAAUUUAUUAUCAUUAAGUUGCUUACCAAAAACAUUUAGUGGAUCUUUUGAUUUUUUUAAUGAUAAACCAUUAAUUCAACCAACAAUAACUACAACUGAAAGUAAUAUUUGGACGGCAACAGAUGCUCUUUGUGAAUCAUUAUAUAAGAUAAUGCAUUCUUUACUUAAAUGUUCAGUACAAGUAAGACAUUUGACACUUGAUUGGUUGGGUAAAUGUUUGCAAGCAAACGCUAGUCGUGGAAAGCUUUGGAAUAAUUCACAAAUAACUAUGGGUAAUAAUGGUUUAUCACCUUUAGUUGUUUCUGAUGGUUUUAUGUUAAAUCUUGGCAAUGUUUUAUUACGAUUAUGUCAACCAUUUUGUACAUUAAAAAAAAUUCCAAAAAUUGAUCCAACGUAUUGUGCAGCAGCAGUUGAAUCACUAAAUGAAGAUGAAAGACGUACAAGAGGUAUACAUUUAGUGGGAAUAAAUAAAGAAACAUGUUUAAUACCUUCAACAUCAUCAUCUGAUCAUGAUAAUACUAAUAAUAAUGAAUGUAAAAAAAAAUAUAAGAGUACUUUAAUAAGUGAUAAUUUUGGAUUUAUCACUGAAUGUUUUUAUUUCACCCAUCGAUCAUUAGAUUUGGGUUAUCGUAUUGUUCUUGAUAAAUUAAUGAAAACAAAUCAAGAAUUAGGACGAAUACAACGAAUAUAUAAUGAUGCACAGUCAAGUCCAAAUUCUCAAGUAUUUCAAAUAAUAACUCAACGUAUGGAAAUGGAAAUGACUAAAUAUUUAUCAUAUCGUGCUAGUUUAUUAUCUCCAGCAAUGUUAAAUCUUCUUGCUAAAUUUCAUGCAACUACUGCUUUUUGGUUAAUGCAAGUUAUUGUUGACAUUCCUAAUAAUGACAAUGAUAAUGAUGAUACUGUUGCUACUACUUCUACUACUACUACUACUACUACUACUGAUGAUGAUAAUGAUGAUAAUAAUAAAAAAAAGAAAAAAACAAGUUAUAAUUUAUUGGAACAAGAACCAAAACCUAUAACAUUCCCACUUCCAGAGACUGUACCAGAAACUUUGAAAUAUAUACCAGAAUUUAUUUUAGAAAAUACAAUAGGAUUUAUUUGUUUUUUACGUCGUUUUAAUCCAAACAUAUUUGAAGAACAGGGUGAAAAUUUUUUAAAUCCUAUAUUAACUGAAAUAAUUGUUUUAAUGGAAUCACCAAAACGAUUAUUUAAUCCUCAUCUUCGUGCACAAUUAGCAGAAACACUUGAAGCUCUAUUACCAAAUUCAACACCAUUGUCUUACAAAAGUAUAAAUGAUAAUGGAGAUAAUGUAGAUAAUGAUAAUGGUGUUGUUAUUUUUGAUUAUGAUGAUGAUGAUAAUGAUAUUGAUGAUGAUUAUCAUAAUAGUAGUUAUUCUCAACGUCAACGACGACAACAACAACAACAACAACAACAAUUAUCAACACUUGGAACAUUUAAUAGAGAAAAAUUAUUUAUAAAUCAUCCUCAUUGUAAAGAAAUAGUUAAAAAUCUUAUUGAGGUUUUUGUAAGUAUUGAAAUGACUGGUCAAAGUGUACAAUUUGAACAAAAAUUUAAUUAUCGUCGUCCAAUGUAUACUGUAAUGAAAUAUUUAUGGAAAAUAAAACAACAUCGUGAUAAUUUUAAAUAUCUUGCUAAAGAAGCUGAAGAUAAUAUGGAAGCUGUUAAUCCACCAUUAUUUUUACGUUUUAUAAAUCUUUUAAUGAAUGAUGCUGUAUUUUUAUUAGACGAAGCAUUAUCAAAUAUGGCACAAUUGAAAAAAAUGUUGAGGGAUAGAGAAAAUGGAGAAUGGGAUAAAUUACCAGCUCAUGAACGUGAUCAACAAAUAAAUAAUCUUAAUCAUAUUGGUAUGAUUGCACGUUUUGAUAAUAUUCUUGGACGUGAAACAAUAUCAACAUUAAAAAUGUUAACAUCCGAAAUAAAAUCAAUUUUUUGUCAUUCAACAAUGGUUGAUCGUAUUGCAUCAAUGCUUAAUUAUUUAUUAUUUGAAUUAGUUGGACCAAAUAAAAAAAAUUUUAAAGUUAAAGACCAAAAAGAAUAUGAAUUUAAACCAGCAAAAUUAGUUUUAAAUAUAUGUGUUAUAUACAUUAAUCUUGGAACAAAUGAUAAUUUCACCCUUGCGGUAUCACAAGAUGGACGAUCAUAUCGUAAUAAUUUAUUUCAACUUGCUAAUGAUGUUCUUUUACGUAUUGGUGGUAUAAGUAUUUUAGAUAAUUUAGAUAAAUUUUCUAUAAGAGUUGCUAAUGCUGCGGCUAUUAAAAAACAAGAAGAAGAAAUUCUUACAGAUGCACCUGAUGAAUUUUUAGAUCCAAUAAUGUCAACAUUGAUGAUUGAUCCUGUUAUAUUACCAUCUUCAAAAAUAUCAGUAGAUCGUCAAACAAUUGCGAGACAUCUAUUGAGUGAUCAAACUGAUCCAUUUAAUCGUUCACCACUCACAAUGGAUAUGGUUAAAUCAGAUGUAAAUCUUCGUAAUAGAAUUCAAGAAUGGAUAACAUCUAAAAAACAAUCAAGUUCUUCAUCCUCGUUACCAUCUUCAUCAUAAAUUAUAAUUAAAACAAAAAAAAAAAAUAAUAAUAUAUAUUCAAGUUAAUUUAGUAUGGAUAAAUUCAAAUGACAUAAUCAUUUUUUCAGUAAUGUAAAUGCAACAAAAAUAAAAAUUAAUAAAUAGUUGAAAUUAUUAUAAAUAAAAAAGAGAGGUAAAAGUUUAAAAACAAUAUGUAUAGUUUUUUUUUUUAUUUCAUUUUAAAAACACACAUUUAAAUUAAAAAAAAAAAAAAAAUACUGAAUUAGUAUAAAUAUUUAAAAAUAUGUAAAUACAAAUAUAAUAAUUUUUUUUUUUAUAAUUACCAAAUUGUGGUUUAAAAAAAAUUACAUUAAAAAUGUUGAAGGUAAACACACAUUAUGUAGAUUUGUGAUAUGAGUGUGUAAAACUUGAAAAAAGAAAUUUUUUUAUUAUGACAAGUUGAUAAAAUUGGUUUGUAUUAAAUUAAAAUAAUAGUGAUUUUUAUAACGAUAAAAAUUAAAAAUUAAUCGAGAGCAUCUUUAAGCUGAUUUAAAUCUUUGACGAACCAUUUAGAUCCAUUUUUAACACUUUCUCUAAUAACAUUACCACCAAAUCCAAUAAAUGCAUCCGCUGGUGGAGAAGCUUCUAAAUCAGUAGCACCAUCUCCCACAUGUACAAUUGUUUUAAGAUUAUAUUUUUCUUUUAACCUUUUGAUAACUUUAGCUUUACCACCAGUUUUAGCUGUUAAUUCAUUUUCAUCGAAUCCAGCAAAUUCACCUUU